AUGCUCAAGCAGAAGGAACGAGAGAUCCAAGAGGUAAAAGUCCGCGCGCAGAAAACAGCAAGUUUCUUGAAAGACGGCAAUCCCUCAUCGACUCCUUCGCGACCUCCUGGUAGCCAAAAGAAGUCUGCUGCUCGUGACGACUGGGAAUCGCAGAAGAGGCUCUUGGGCGAGCAAAAUGACACAAUUGAUAGUAUUAUGGCGAUGACUGGACGAGUGAAGUCGCAAGUUCUACAAACCAAGAAGCUAGACUUGAUGAAACGUCAAGGAACACCUGCGAGCAAGGAGCCGUCUGAAUCUUGCGCUCAUGGGAAAUCCAGGGACAGAACGCUAUAUGCCCAGUUUCUCGAAUCCAUACAAGUACUUCUAGGAAACGCAUUCAAGGAAACCACAGGAGCCAGCCUGGCACAUGAUGGCGUCAGUGGUGCAAAGCUCAUCGAGAACAUUAUGGAAGUCGGCGAUGGUGCCAUAUUCAUCGAUGAGGCCUAUCAGCUGGUUAGCGUAUAG